CGACAUUUCAUUUCUUUGAUGCAGUUGGCAAGAUGGCGGAAUUGUCACUUUCAUAAUUUUUUGUAUGGAUUUUACACUCGUUUGAACUCAUUAAGGACUGAGAGAUGUCUACUUCAGAGAAACUCAAAGCUCUGUUUGAAGAUCUUGGCAAGCCCACCCUCCGUGGUGUGAGGAAAUGCCCCAAGUGUGGCACCUAUAAUGGCACGAGAGGCAUCAGCUGCAAGAACAAGAACUGUGACGUGGUCUUCAAGGAGCGUGAACGAAAGCGCGGUCACAGUGCGGACGCUGUGAAAAUAAUCACCGGCUCCACCGUGCAGGUGUUUUCUGUCCGACUGCGCGACCGUGGGCCGGACUACCGGGGCUUCGUCCAGUUGCCUCUUGUUCAGGACAUGGAUGGAAAUCCGGCCACGGUGGUGGAUCCAUCGGUGUUGGCGCAGGCGGCACGAUGCUAUGUGGACACUUGCAGUCGUCACACCAAUCAGCUGGGAUUCACGGAAACGCCGUGUGCCCACAUAAAAUCGGCAAUAGACUGCAACGCCGAGGCUCAGCCUCUGACGCUGAAGAAUUCAGUUUUGAACUCGCUGCAAGUUUCCAAUGAAACAAAGCAGGCAAUAUGGUUGUUGGCCACAGAAACGACAGGACCUCUGGUGCAGAGGGUGACGAAAAACAUUAUGGUUGUUAAGUGCAAGCCGUAUCAAAAGCAGCCACUGGGCUUUCUCCAUUUUUCCUUUUUUGAGUCGACUAGAAACAAGUCUAAUCCAGAUUAUAGAUUCCAGUGUAGCUGUAAGGCUUUUAAGCACUCUAAACAAGGUGUGCUUAAAGAAGACACAUUAAAAAGAUGUGUUCAUUUCUAUGCAUGUGUGUGCGCAUUCGCCAGUGAUGAAAAACUUGCCGAGGAAUUCAUGUACUACAUUAAUUUGGACAGUGCUGUUAUUAUCCCACCACACACAAGUAUUGAUUCUGCAGUUGAGCGACAGGUGGUGACAAUCUACCAGACAGCUGAUGGAGAGGUCACCACAGAUAAUAACACACUCGAGGUCAUAGUCACAGAGGACGAGCUUCUUGGGGAAAUAUCGCCCAAGAAACGGAAGAAAGACGAUGCUUUGAUUGCUCAAGCAAGCAGUGCUCUGUUAACCUUGCAAGAGGGACCACCUGCACAAAAGAAAUCUAGUCCGGGCAAGCAAACAGGUGUUAAUACUCCCAAAAAACCAGCCAGCAUACCCAAACUUCCCUUUGUUCACCUUGCAUUGGACGAAGGAGCAACUGGCAUCACAUUUCACGAAUGGCUGGCGAGUGUUACAGAGAGAAUUAACCAGACUAUGCACUAUCAGUUUGAUGGCAACCCCGAUCCCCUGGUGUUCCAUGCCCCGCAAGUAUUUUUUGAUUGUUUACAACAACGAAUCUCAUCUGGGAGCCGAAAGAAACGUCUGCCUAACUACACGACAGGCUUUGUUCGCAAGGAUGCCCUCCCUCUAGGAACCUUCACAAAAUACACGUGGCACAUGACCAACAUACUGCAUGUCAAGCAGAUAUUCGACACUGUUGAGAUGCCAUUGGAAAUUACACGUAAUUUUGUGGAAAAUCAUGAUGGAACUUACGACUUGUACGAAGUGCCAAAAGUAGAAGUGGAAAACGUAGAUGAUUCCUUCAAGGGAAAGAACCCAACACCAAUUCGUCCUUUUGAAUUAAAAACAUUCCUUAAAGUUGGUCCUGUGUCGUCUGAACAAAAAGAGCCACACCCAUUCAUCAUCGAGUGGAUACCUGACAUUUUACCCAAAUCUCGUAUAGGAGAAUUGAGAAUUAAAUUUGAAUAUGGCCAUCAGCGGAAUGGCCAAGUCGAACAUCGAAUAUCAUCUCCGUCACCUGAAAUAUCUGCAGUGCAAACAAUUCAAUUGCAAGAGAUGUGCCAAACGUGAAAGUGCUGUUAACGUAGUGUCUAGUCAAUGCUGUGAAUGUCUGUGCAUAUUUAUUAAACCAAAAACUGUGUGCAAUUGGAAACGAGGUUUCUAAAAGUGGAUGUUUUUGACUGCUUGAGAUUUCUUCUUGUUUUUUUUUUAAUUCUACAAACGUGGUACUUGUACUGAUGUAGUAUUAAGAAUGAUGAUAGGUGUUUGGUGCCAAAUGUAUCCACACUUAUUAAAUACCUAAGCUUUGAAAAGGUUCAACAAACCAGCAACAUUUCCGGGAUAUAGUAUUAGUAUAAGACAUAAUAUGCAAUUCCACAUAAUAUAAGACACAUAUUUCCUUCUAUUUUUUUGCAAAGUAAUAAAUUGAUUACCUAGAUGUUAAGGUAUCUUAAUUUUGUCUUCUUUAUAUUUGGUACCAAAUUCCUGUGACAGAAAAAAAGUAUUAUCUACUAUUGGCUGGCCUCUGUUUACCACGUUUAGACUUCUAAUAUUAAAAAAUGUUUACUAACACAGCUUAUGUUUUCUCAGUAUAUUGUUAAUUACAUUUUUUGGCUUGCAUCAACCCAAUGAUAGGUUUGACCAUCAUGAAUUACUCGCUUGAAAUUCAAAAGUCUGAGCUUGCCAAAGCUUCUAUCUCAAUUAUAUUUUUAUUGUUUAAUGUCACGGACUCUAGUUUGCAAGGUAAGAACCUUUGUUUUGCAUAAAAUGCAUUUGGAGCUACUACAAACAGGACAACCAUUCACCAAUGUUAAAGAUCCCGUGCUACAAAUAGAUUAUAGAAAAAUGUAGUGAGUUUCCUUUCUUAGACUAUAUGUCAAACUUAACAAAUGUUUGACAUCCAAUAGCCGAUGAUUAAAAAAUCAGUGUGCUCUAGUGGUGUCGUUAAACAAAACAGAAACAUUCACCAGAAAUAUACUGAACAAUAAAAGAAACACAAAUAUUAAUUCAGUUUUUUAAAAAUUAUUUCCAGUUUAGUUUAAAUUCCAUUAGCUUUGGUGUCUAUUAAAAUCAUCAAUGUCUUGAGAAUAGUUUCGACCCAUUUUGAGUUUAUUUACCGAGUUAAUUUUACAAAAAUAGAAGAAGAUAUAUUUAAAUAUUUACAUUUCUUUUGAUCCCUGGUAUAUAUUGGUUUGCCAAAAUUGUUAAUUUAAGCAAGAACUUGCAAGAAAUGUGUCAUUUGACAAUAUCUUUUUUUUGUGUAAAAGCCAAAAAUAUUUUACCAUGCAUACAUUGUAACAGGGUAACUGCCUCUAAUUUGUGUUUUGAAAUAUACAGAAAAUACUAGUAUAAAAAAGCUCAAACUUUGUUUUAUUUCAUAAUAUAUAAUAAUAAUAAUAAUAAUAAAUUAGUUAUUAUAUUGUUGGCAUCAGGAACGUUUGAAAGUAGGUUUUUUGGGUGUGUUUUUUUGUACAAAAAUUAUCAGGAAGUGAAAUACCAAUUUGGGUUGCUACAUACAUGAGAAUGAUCCCAAAAAAAAGCUCAUUAUGCAGACACUGGUAUUCUAAACAAGAAAUUGUAUUGAAUUAUUAUCUAAUUUUAAAAAGGGCUUUGUUCAUCGGAAACAUCUUACAAUAGUCGGGGAAAACGUCCAGAACAUUCUACAAAAUACAGGUCACAGUUUGUGCAAUAUUACAAUUCAGAUCUGCAUUCUUCAUUUCAAAUGUUGAAAUGCAUAUAUUCAAUCCUGCACUGGAUUGCUUGUGUGUAUGUGUGCACACGUGUGUGUGAUUUUGGUUUUUAGUUUAUAUCUUCUUUACAUAUUUUGUUUCAAACAUCCAAGUCUUUUUUUUUUUUUUAUAUCUUUUUUUUACAUUAACCUUUGGCUGGUUUUUCAGAUGAAGUUACAAAUGUCCCAAUGUUUAAUGGUUGUAACGAUUGAAAUUUUAUUUAAAUGAUAUAUAAACAGUAGAAAAUCGUAUAUGGAUUUUCAGUGUUUUAAAAAGGUCAGUGUUUCAUAUGAAAAUUAACAGGUUUCAUAUCUGUCAUGGAAUUUUCAAAUUUUAUUUUCCAGGCUUAGAAUGUUAUGGACUUUUGAGGUGUUAAUAAAAAGAUGUGUGAACCUUGUUAAAAAUA